AGAUGAUGAACAAUUCUACAUUAGUGAGGGAAGCUCACGAGGCCUUCGUCACCGGACAUAAUGGCUCGGCACCUCACGACAUCAUACUGGCCGUUUACCCAGCAAUUCCAGCUUCCAUAACUGCAGCGGUAGCUGGACAGAGAUUUCCAGGAUUGUUUGGACUCUUUUUGGAGUGUAUUCUUUUAGUGGUCCCUCUCACUCUAAGCUUCACCCAUCUCGCCAAUUACACGCUUGAGCUGAGUGCGCUCAUGCUAGCAACUGCUGGCGUGGCUGUCUGUUUUAUCAGUCCGAAUAUUUCACGCACCAUCGACAAUAAUCAGAGGCGACUCAAAUAUUUAACUUCUCUACGAGGACAGCUAAACCUUGUGACCGUUAUCGCCAUCCUGGCCAUCGACUUCCGUUCCUUUCCCAGAAGGUUUGUCAAGACUGAAGAAUAUGGAUACAGCCUCAUGGAUGUUGGUGCGGCAGGAUUUGUCAUCAACAACGGCAUUGUCGAGGGGAGAAAGCGGCCGUGCUAUAAGGCUGUAGUGAGAGAUGGCGCUAUUCUGACUGUCUGUUAGGUUUGUAAGGUUGCUGUUAAUCAGAGCCGCUCUGAUACAAACCACCAUGUGACGGAGUAUGGGGUGCACGCAAAUUUUUUCUUCACCUUAGCUUUUGUAAAGCUUACGUGUUCUUGGUGGAUUUGGAGACUGUCUUGCAUCCAGAGCAUGCUAUGUAGCAUCCUCAUAAGUGUUUGCCAUCAAGUCUACCUCGUCUAUGGAAAUGGAGCUGCUUGGACAUUGAGCGAUGCACCCAGGGAUACGUUGUUGUCCGCAAACCGAGAAUGGUCGGAAUUCUGGUUGGGACUGCAUUAUUUUGUUGGUCCUCCGUCGCGAAGAUUGGGUAAUCCUACUUUCAUAUAUUUUUGUGUAUGCUUUUUGCUGAUAGUCCUCACCCACUAUGCUCUGAUCGAAGACGUUUUCAACAGCGUCCUCCCAGGAUUUCAUUUUGUACCGAUCACGUUUCAUGCCGUGAAUCAGCAGCCGCUCUUAAUCUUCCUCCUUGCCAACUUAAUGACCGGUUUAAUUAACAAAUCCAUCAAUACACUGGACGUAGCAUAUCCCCAGGACUUGUUGAUAAUUAACGGUUAUACAUUGGGCCUUGUCACCUUAAUGCUUUACCUGUAUUCAAGCAACAGCAAAGAGAAGAGGCUGUGGUUAUAGUGAAAUAAACAAGAUGAUUUUUAUAUGUAAACAGGUAUACUUUUGUAUAUAAGACAUAUUCAGCGAUGCUUCAAUAUUUACGUAUGUAUGCGAUGACAGAGUG